AAUAAGAGGUCAUGUGAUAUGUAAUGGCAGAAAGACAAAAAAAGGCAGAUUAGUGCUGUCUUUAAACAGCAAGUCCUCUUUAAGAGAGGGAGCACGGUUCUGUCUGUGAACAUGGUGAUUGCCAAAUUCUUACUGAGUGUCCUCUUUGUUUCAGGCGCUUGUGCUACUUGUGUUGUAACACCAAGCCUUGGUAUUACAGCACCACAGAAGGUGGAGGCACUGAGUGGAUCUUGUGUGCAGAUCCCCUGUAUCUUUAGCACCAAAUCAGAGUUUGACAGCAGUGUAAAAAUCUUUGGAGUGUGGAUUAAGGACCCCAGAUUUGGCAUGUUUCCAAACAAUGUGGUUUUCAACAGCAGCAGCCAGACAUUGAACAGCUACAGAAUGAAUAUUACUGGAAAUCUGAGUCAGAAAAACUGCACCACCCUGUUUUCAAAUGUAAACGAGAAUUACACUGAGAGCUACUUCUUCAGAAUAGAGAGCAAACCCUUCAAAGCAACAGCACCCUGUGAUCCUCUUCGAGUUACAGUUAAAGAUUCUCCCCCGAGCCCCAGAUUUAAGAUCUCAGGAGAUCUGAAGGAGAAGGAGUCUGUGACUAUAACCUGCUCAGCUUCCACUCCCUGUCCACUCUCCCCUCCUAAACUCACCUGGACUCUCAAACAAGACUCUCUCAACAACAUGGAGGAAAACCCAGAUAAAACCUUCAUGACUAAAAUCCAGGAGCAGAUCACUCUGACGGACAAACAUGAUGGAUACAACAUCACCUGUUCUGCCACAUAUCCUGUGAAUGAAGGAAAAGAAGUCAAGACAGCAGGAGACAAGACUCUCAGAGUUUCAUAUUCUCCUAAAAACACCUCAGCGUCCAUCAGUCCAUCAGGUUUGGUGUCAGCAGGUAUUCGUGUGAACCUGACCUGCUCUAGCAGAGCCAAUCCUCCUGUCAGCAGCUUCACCUGGUUCAAGAUCAGCAGAGAUGGACCCAUGAUCGUAUCUGAAGGAGAGUUUUACAGCUUUAAUGCCACAGAGGGAGGAGUUUAUUACUGUGUGGCCAGGAAUGAUCUCAGUAAUCAGACAUCACCACAGAUCCAUUUGAAUAUAAAAGUGGGUCACUCUUCAGCAUGGUGGACAGGUGUUGGAGCGAUGAUUGGGAUCAUGGGUCUCAUCAGUGUGAGCGUACUGAUUUGGAGGUUGAAGUCAAAACGUUCAGCUUUCCAACAGACACAGAGCCUGACAGCUGCAGCACCAGCUACACAAGAAGCCGGGCACGAACAAGCCAGAGCAUCAGAAGUAGAGGAACUACAUUAUGGAGAGAUCGACUUCUCCAAGAUGAAACCUAAAGUGUCCUCUAACUCAACGCAGGACAGUGGACAGCAGCAGGAGACUCUGUAUGCACAGGUCAACGUCUCUAAGCCAGUAACCAGCUUCACACAGGCUGCUGCUGGCCCACAUGAUCUCUAUGCUCAAGUGAAGAGAAAAUGAAGACGUGCACGGACAUCUUUUAUUUAACAAAACAUAUUUACUGUUACAGAUGAACUUUUGCUUGGCUGCCUGUGGUUCAUUAAAUGGUAUUGAACCUGUAACACAUUGUAUCUUUUUAUGGAUCAAUAAAUGGUGUGUACAUAUUUCAAAAUGA